CGGACUAUCCCUGUCUUAUCUUUGCGUAGCUGCGGUGCAACGUAUCUCGCAAAUAUUUGCUCUUCCUGGAGUCGGAGGAUUUCUCUUCGGGGAUGUCAAAGCGAGUGCGAAGCAGAGAGGUCUGCGCUGAUUGCAGUGCUCCGGAGCCUCGCUGGGCCUCAGUUAACAGGGGUGUGUUGAUCUGCGAUGAGUGCUGCAGCAUCCAUCGAGGUCUUGGGCGACACAGCUCUCAAGUCCGACAUCUGACUCACUCUACGUGGCCACCCUCACAGCUGCAGAUGGUCCAGACACUGUAUGGUAAUGGAGCCAAUUCAAUAUGGGAACAUAGCCUUCUGGAUCCUUCCUCUUCAGUGAGUGGGAAGCGUAAAGCCAACCCACAGGACAGAGUUCACCCCAACAAGACAGAAUUCAUCAAGGCAAAAUAUCAGAUGUUGGCCUACGUCCAUCGGAUGCCUUGUCGGGAGGAUGACAGUGUAACCGCAAAAGACCUCAGCAAGCAACUUCAUUCCAGUGUUCGGACGGGCAACCUGGAAACCUGCCUGAGACUCUUAUCUUUAGGAGCUCAGGCCAACUUUUUCCAUCCAGAGAAAGGAAACACACCACUACACAUAGCAGCAAAAGCAGGUCAAAUGUUGCAAGCAGAACUGUUGGCAGUUUAUGGAGCUGAUCCUGGAGCUCUGGACUCCAGUGGAAAGACCCCCAUUGAUUAUGCGAGACAAGCUGGACAUCAGGAGCUGGCAGAGAGGCUAGUGGAGAUACAGUAUGAACUCACUGACCGGUUAACAUUUUACCUUUGUGGUAGAAGACCGGAUCACAGAAAUGGGCAACACUUCAUCAUUCCACAGAUGGCCGACAGCAGUCUGGAUUUGUCCGAAUUUGCAAAAGCUGCAAAGAAGAAGCUGCAGUCGCUAAGUAACCAUCAGUUUGAAGAACUUGCCAUGGAUGUAUAUGAUGAAGUUGACAGAAGAGAAACAGAUGCAGUUUGGUUGGCAACUCAGAACCACAGCACACUUGUAACAGACACUACAGUUGUGCCUUUUCUGCCAGUGAAUCCUGAAUACUCGUCUACUAGAAACCAGGGUCGUCAAAAAUUGGCAAGGUUUAGUGCUCAUGAAUUUGCAACGCUGGUCAUCGAUAUUCUAACGGAUGCGAAACGAAGGCAGUGGGGUAAUUCCUGUGACAGUCCGAAAGAGAAUGUAGAGCUGAUCCUUCAGGGAAUAGGCAGUCGCCAUAACAGCGAGAGCCAGGAGAAUGACCAGCCAGAUUACGACAGUGUGGCAUCAGAUGAAGAUCCUGUGCAAGAGGCCACAUGUGGGGACAGCUGCAACGAUGGAAGGACCAAGAGCUCAGAGUCUUCUGACCUGUCUGAUGGACCAAUCACAGUACAGGAAUUUAUGGAGGUGAAGAGCGCCCUCACUGCGUCAGAAGCCAAAAUACAGCAGCUGCUCAAAGUCAACUGUCACCUUAGUGAAGAGCUGCGGUUGAUGCAGACCAAGCUGAACUCCCUGCAGACUGAAAACACAACGCUGCGAUGGCAAACCCCCAGCGGACAACAACAACCCCAGGGGCCCUUUGGUCGACACCCGCCCCGCGGAGGUCGCGCCAUAUCCAUGUAUGAGACGGGCUCCACUCCGAGGCAGUACCCCCAUCGGGUCGAAACAGCUCGGCAUGACGAUGGUGUUGUUUUACAACCCUUCCCGACCAAUAUUGGUAGGGGUCCUUUGGGGACGGCUGCUUCCUCCCUCCCUACCUUCCCCUCUUCCCUGUCCUGGUCGUGGGAUGAGAGAUCUCGAAGGGGCUGUAGUCUGGAGGGACAGAGUACCAUGCUGGAGAAUGACUAUGACACUACACCUAACCACUCUGAACUGGAGGACGCUGGGAGCCCUCUUCCAGCCUCUGAAGCUGUGGAAACAGAGGAGGAGGGUGAAGAAGACGCGACCCUGCCUUGCACAGAGGAUGUCAUCUGUAAGACUGAGCAGAUCACUAAGAACAUCCAGGAACUUCUGAGAGCUGCCCAGGAGACCAAACAUGAAAGCUUUUUGCCUUGCUCUGAAAAGAUCUGCAUGGCUGUGACAGAGAUGGCUGCCCUGUUUCCUAAGAGGCCGUCCUCGGAGACAGUGCGAGGGUCUCUGUGUCUGCUGACUUCCAGUGCCAGCCGGCUCCACGGGGAGUGCCAGAAGGCCGCAGAGCACAACCCCUGCCCAUCAGACAUCCAGCUGGUCACUCAGCAGGUCAUCCAGUGCGCCUAUGACAUUGCCAAAGCUGCCAAGCAACUUGUUACUGUGACAACCAAAGAAAACAACAACUAACUUAAAAACCCCCAAAGACCUUCUGAUGCACUCACAGUUUAACAGUUAGGUUGCUACUCUUUCCUCUUAAUCAGUGUUUCAUUUUCUUUUUUUGUUUUUCCAUAUUAACCACUGUAAGUGUUCACAUACAUUCCUUAAGGUGGGAAAAAAAGGAUAUGGAUCAAUCAAAAGCUUUAGCGCAGCACAGCAGUAAAAACGUACUAAAAGAUCUUCGAGAAAACCUGUUACUGUUCAUCACCUGUUAAAUUUAAUCCACUCGAUUUCCAAAAGUGCAAUGUUGCAUGUCUGUGUAAAACAGUUAGAACCACUAGCAGCUGCAGAGCUUUUUACAGUUUACUUUGUCCACAGUACUUUAGUGGACAGCAGAGGUUGUUAGUUGUGCUGCUUGAGGUCUGGUUUCCUGCCUGUCAGAGAGGACCAAAAAUCAUCAAGACGUCAGGCAUCAAGGAUCAGAACAGAUGGACCUCAGAGUAACACUGGCUCACAUUCUUAUGCUGGUUUAAGUGUCUUUUUUCUUGACAGUAUUUGAGUAAUCGUUAUGGCGCUAGCUUAAAAUGUUUGUUUCGUCGGCAAACUGUGAUCAUAAAAACAGCUUCAGUGUAUUGAGCACCGUGUAGGUUCAGCAGCAGCACUACCAGUGUGCAAAGUUUCACUCCAUCCAGCAACUCCAGCAGGUAAUUUUACAUUUCAGUCCCUCCGCUCUGGUUGAAAAUGUGUUUAUAAGUAAAGUAUCAGUAGUUUUUGAAGUUCCAAUGUUACAGCCAUACUUAUGAUGUUGUGUGUGUGCGGGUGUGUGAGUGGGUCAAAGUUUCCCACAGUUUCCCUCCGUGGCCUGUGGAAAAUCCAUUUUGAAUCAAUUUUAAUAGCAUUAUGCAAAUAUGUAAGAUGUAUGUAUCCAUGUAAUUCUUUAUCAGAAUAACCCAAAUGCUAUUCUAUUUAUAAACUGUAUGUCAUACCUCUAAGAAAAUAUCAAUGUUUAUUUUCAUAAGCUUUUUGUUCGACAUGAUGCUCCUCACAGGCUAACGUUUGUUCUGAGGUUUGGGACGUCUCAGCUGGCAGUUAGUUAUAAGGCAACUUGUGAUCUCUGUUUAUUCGGUGUGGUGCUGUAACUCCAGUGUUUUAGAUGCUUCCUGUGGUCCAACACGCCGUGGUUUACAGCCAGUGAUAAAGUAACUGUCCUCAGAGUUAGAGUUCCUGAUGUAGAACACCAGUCUAAUGUGACACUCGUUGUGAGCCGGAUGGGUUUGAACCUGGGCUGGAAAGAGGACGAGAAUACGCCGCACAACUGCAGGUAGAAAAAUCUGUUGUUUGGUUACAUCUGAUCAGCAUUCAAAAGCCAAAACAAAUUCAGUAAAAAAUGUGUGAGCUCUCCUGUAAGCAGCUUCUCUCCUGUUCAGUGUUUAUUUCCAAAGUCUUUCUGAAGAAAACUUUCUUCAAGUCAAGGCACCUUUACUGGUAUUGCUCAUUUAAAACAAAAGAGGUUGGACCAAGAGGCCUUCCAUUUGAGACUCAAUUUUAUUUACAUGAAAGAAUUAAAAGUAAGAAUUAAAAUCCGCUCAGGUUACUUUAAUCACAGCAUAAGUCAUCUUUGGGUUCCCCCACAUGUCAAGGUGAAAACCUCACAACACCACAGAGAGAAACCCUUUGAUUCUCAGGAAGCUGGCUAAGGAUGUAAAAGAAUUUAAAUAUCUGAAAGUAUUAGUAUUAAGAUGUCCUUAAACCAUCUUCAACAUAUUUUAUUGCCACUGCUAAAGUUGUAAAAGUGUUUUGUUUUUGACUUUUUUUGACACAAAGAUGGAAUUUUGUCUCAAGGUUAACUUAAAAGCUUUUUUUUAGGAGCUUUCACUUGAAUCUCAAGUUUUCACAGUGGUCAAGGAGAUCAUUUUGUUAAUUUCAUUCCUUUUUCAAGACACCUUUAUCAGUUUUUAACCCUUUGAUGCGUAGACCACAUCAGGGGAUACCCAUUUUCCAUUGGAUUUGGGUCACUUUUGACCCAGGUUAUGCAUCAAAGGGUUAAAUAUGUUUUGCAGACUACCUUGUAAUGACCAAUUACUUUGACUUGGCUUAAUCCCAUUGAUGUUUUCGUUUAAAAUGACCUGAAAUCCUGAUGGAAAACUACAUAACUUUUUCAAAACUACAUGAUAAUUGUAACGGCUGAAACAUAAAACACAUAUAGUCCAUUAUACAAUAUUUAUCCUUCUUAGACAAGUCAUAAUUGGACCAAGAAACACUAUUUGGAUGGACCCCUAUGAAAAAAUUUUAUAGUAGCUUUAUUUCAGAAGCAGUCAUCUGGACCUCGUUGCCAAAUAUUUUGCUCAGUUGUCAAGGAGAUAAUUUAGUUAAUUGUCUGUGUACUUAUAUAUUUGUAAAAAAAAAAAAAAAAAAAAAAGUACUUUUUUUUGCAUUUUUUAAACAAGGCUAUUCUGGGGGAAAACACCUUUAAAACUUAAUAUAGUGGCUUUUUGAGGGAGUUUUAUUUUGCAUUUGUAUGUUUAUGUUUUUUAAAAAUGUCCACAGUAUUAUCAAGGUAAAACAGAAAAUAAAUACACAAUAUGUAUAAUGAAAUAAAAUUAAAUAAAACAACCAAACCAAAUCCACAACCUAACAUAAUGUUUAAAAAAAACUUUUUUAAAGUACAUUUUUUAAACUAUUCUGAGGAGGAAAAGAAUCACUUUUCUAACUUAAUAUAGUGGCUUUUUGAGGCUGCUUUAAUUUGGAUCUCAUUGUCAAGGAGAUCCUUUUGUCAAGUACAUUUUUUGUUACCUCUAUUUUCCCCCAAUUUUUAAAAUUUUUUAACUGUUUUGUGUGUUGUUCAAGUGGAUGCAGGGUUAUUUUCAUUUAAAUUAAUUUGACUUUAACUAUAUAAAAACACAAAACCCAGCCAUCAGUCCAUUAUACAACAUUUAUCUUUCUAACACACCACACCAGUUAAGACUAUUUUUAAGAGGAAAAACAUCUGAAAAGCUGAUAGUUGUUAAUUAAUAGCAAGAAUGUGCUAUGAGAGCAUUGACUACUACACACAGAACAAAGCCAUUUAAGUAACCUACAAUACUACAUUUAAACUCACUCUAAAAUAAAGUGAAAUGAUAGAUUUUUAAACUAUUACUAAACAAACUACUGAGUUCUAACAGUGACAGUGCAAGUAUUCAGUUACUAACCAGCCUGGUGUCAAACCUGCCAUUUAACUCCCUGUAACCUGGAGCCUCUGUGCUUGGAAACAAUCCCUUGCCUUAGAUAUAAUAAAGUAUAAUUCAUACCUCUA